CUGAGCAUCAGUGACAGAGGCGGCCGCACACCGGGAGCUCCUGCUGACGGCUCUCGCCAUGCCCCGCACAGCACCGCACGGCUCUGACUGACAGCAGCACUGAAAGGAAGCUUAUAUAGCGGAGGAGCCGAGACCCCGCACAGGAUACGCAGCUCCCCGCACACCCGGGAGGACGAGAUCCAGGGAACAAGGGUUCAUCUCCGGAGCACAACAUGCACUGCCAGGCCGAGCUCAGGCUCACCUCCCCCGGACAGCUGAAAGCGGCCAGGCGGCGCUACAAGUCCUUCAUGAUCGACGAGAUUCUCUCCAAGGAGACGUGCGACUACUUUGAGAAGCUGUCGCUGUACUCCGUGUGUCCGUCUCUGCUGGUGCGACCCAAACCGCUGCACUCGUGUUCCGGUUCAUCACCGCUUCGGACAUACCCUCUUCUCUCAGUCAUCAGCCGCCAGCCCACUGUCCUUAGCCACGUUGUCCCCUCCACGUCCUCCUCACCCAUUCAGGUUCUGUCUCCCGCACAUCUCUCUCCACCAUGUGCGCGCUCUGAGACGCCAGCCAGUGAAGCUCCGCACAGCAGUGAAUCCGAACUCGAACAAACAGCUCCUCGUGUGAAGAAGCCACGUCGUAGCCGAACCAUAUUCACAGAGAGUCAGCUCAUGGGGCUGGAAAAGAAAUUCCAGAAGCAGAAAUACUUGUCCACUCCAGACCGGCUAGAUUUGGCUCAGUCAUUGGGAUUGACACAGCUACAGGUUAAGACGUGGUACCAGAAUCGAAGAAUGAAGUGGAAAAAAAUUGUUCUCAAGGGUGGACAAGAGGCACCUACCAAGCCAAAGGGACGUCCAAAGAAAAAUUCUAUCCCAACUUCAGAGGAAAUCGAGGCAGAGGAGAAAUUGAAAAGACUGGCCCAAGAGGCUCAGCUUGAGGCAGUAAAUGCUGAAGAGGAGCAAGAAAGGGCACUGGGAGAAGAUAAGGACAAACAACCACUGGAAGGAAAUGAACAAGAGGAAGGCAAAAAACUGGAAUCAGGAUCGCCUCCUGCCACAUCUACUUCACAGCUGAACAUCUCAACAAAUGACAGAGGCGUCUCCAGCUAAAAACCAAAAGACAAAAUGUGUUCAUAAAGAAAGUGCGCCAAGCUGCACCCACAGUCUCUGGGGGUUAUCUGCUGUGUGCUCAUCCUAUGUGCAGACCCCAACCCUAAAGGGAAUCUUCUCUCCAAGACCUUUUAUCUAGAAGAGAAAAGGUUAAAGCCACAUGGAGGAGGGAAGAGAAUGGAGGAUCUCCGUGACUAAUGGGGUCUGUACAGACAAGACUGGGAAUUUUUGCUGUGUUUGGAAAAGAAUUGGACAGUGUAUAUAUAGUGUUCUUUAUUAUUGUGCCAGAAACUGCAGUGGAAAGGGUGAAAAAAGCCAAAGCUAAAGGGAAAGAAGUUGUUUUCCCAGUGUAACUUACUUGAGAAUGCUUUCACAUUAAGUGCCUUUUUGCAUGUUAAAUCUUGUAAAACAAUCUUUAUGUGUUAAUUCAGGGCCGCAGUCAUUUAAUCUCUUCUCUCUUCAGAACUAGGGCUUAAGUUCCAUAACAGGCUGAUAUUUAGGUCUCAGGGAGGAACGAAUCGACUUCGGAUGAGACAUCCAAAGUCGAUUCGCAUAAAACUUCAUUUCAAUACUGUACGGAUCGAGCGCUCUGUACAGUAUUAAAAUGUAUUGGCUCCCAUGGGCCGAAGGUAAUACUUUGCCAAGUCUCGCGAGACUUCGCUUAAUAACUUCAUAAAUUGAUUUCUACAGUAAAAAACAAUUUCCCGAACUCGGGUUCGGUUCUAAGUGGUACCUCCGUACAGUAUUGAAACAAAGUUUUAUGCGAAUCGACUUCGGAUGUUUCAUCCCUAGUCUCAGUACCAGCGGGGAGUCACGCCAGGUCAUGACGAGAGCAUGGCUCCAAACAAAUAGAUCUCUCAUCUAUGUUGCAGAAGGUUACCUUGUGUCUCGCCUAUCAUAUUGAAUGGGAUACUGCUAUAGAGAUCAUGUGUAUAAGGCCUUUUUCCCACGUGGUCGUGCUGCGCAUCCGGCCGUUCCGCAAAAAGAUAGGACAUGUUCUCUCAUUUUUCGGAAUGGAAGUACGGGACGAAACCCCACGGAGCCACUCCGUAGUGCUUCCUUAGGGUUCCGUUCCUCGCCAUUCCGCAUCCCCGGAUUUGCGGACCCAUUGAAGUGAAUGGAUCCGCAAUACACGGGCGCGGAUGCGCACACGCCCGUGGGAAAGAGGCCUAAAGCAUACAACGAUGGAAGUAGCCGUCACCAAAGACUCAAUGUCAGCUGUAACAUAGACAAAGUUACUACAGCAAACAGUUCUCGGGUCAGCGGCAACCAGUGUACAAUGUGUAUUCUGCCCUCAGGUUAAAUAGUAACUGCGCUUUCAUAAAACCUUUUAUGUCAUAGUGCUGAGACCCCGCCAUCACUGAAAUGAAGAGGCAGAAACAUUCAGCCAGCCGCUGCUCCCCAUUAGCUGUGAUCUGCUGUCCCUUUUAUCUGAAGAUACGCUCUAGGGGGAGAUUGAUCAAAACUGGUGUAAGGCCCCAUUCACACGACUGUAUUUCUGGUCUGCAUCCCAUCCGCAUUUUUUGUGGAUAGGAUGCGGUCCCUAUACCGAAUGUCCGUUCCGCAGCCCCGCAAAAAAGAUAGAACAUGUCCUAUUCUUGUCUGAUUCGUGGACAAGGAAAGGCAUUGUUAUAAUUGAUCCGCCCAAAAAAAACAAUCAGAUUCCACCUUACAUUUUCCUAGGAAGCUCAGAAAAAUGAAUGGUAGAAUGUAAUUGAUUGCUAUUGGUGACUAAGCCAGUUUUCCUUUACACCAGUUUUGAUAAAUCUCCCCCAUGGACUUCUAUGUAUCCGAUUUCUGCUAGCAAGGAGAGCCGAUCACAGCUGAAGGGAAGCCACGGUUAGCCUACUAUUUCUGCAAUCGGUGGUGGUCUCAGCACUAUAACAUGAAAAGUUUUAUAAAAGUGCGGUUAAACUUCUCAAUAAAUUAUAAUUAAACGUUAAAUGACUUAGGACAGAUCAUGUAAUCUCUAUUAAUGUACAGAAUAUAACUCCAAUGCAUAAAAUGUGAUCAUCAUAUAAUGAAAAACAUCCUAUAGAUGGUGUAAGCUUAGACGUACGGUCUAGACCUGACCAGAUCUAUCACGGGGGCUCAGGUUGGAUGAUAAUUCUGGUGCACGGAUAGACAGCUUUAUGCCAACUAUUGGUUGGCUUCCUUUGAGAUGCGAUUUUACUCCAGAACUGUGGCACAAUUUUGACACAUCUCAGGCCACACCCUUGCCCACCAAGCCACGCCCUUUCUGUUAAGCCACAUCCCUUUCAAUGAGUCUAAGAAAAAAAUAAUAGAAAACCUAGUUGUGUCUCCUCUUUUUUAGACAAAUUCUAGGUGCAGAAACUUUAGUAAAUCUGGACUAUGUUGUGUUAGUUCAAAAUGCUUGCUGUCCGUGAAUGGGAUCAUUCCUGUUUACAUCUAGAGGUCGAUUAUCGGUACAGUCCUGUGAUUCUUACAGAUGACAGUAUAGCUGCAUUGUUUCCAGUCUAGACAAUCCAGAGUGAGAUAAGCAGCCGGGACUUGAGUCUUUUGCAACCCUCAACACAGAGAUAAUGGGGGUUAUUUACGAAGACUGAUGUUCCCUACACCAGCCUUGAUCCCUUGUGUGCUUAUUGAGAGGCAGAUGCUGUGGCCCAUCUCUGGCCUCCAUGCACCAGACACUCAAAAUCUAUGCCAGCAAGUGGCUGGCAUAGACAUUAGCUAUGAUUUAUCCUAACAGCAGACAUGUUGAAAAUAGGAAAACAUUAAAAUACAAAGCAGCACAUUUUCAUUAAAUUCCCUACACCAGAAAACUGCCUACAAAAAGUCACUUAAUUUGGCAAAAGAUGCUCCUUGUAGAAAAAUUUGCCACUGUUUGGGGCGUUGACACUUUUCAAAAAAGUGGGGGCUUGUGGUAGGGAGUGCUUGGUCUAGGGAGCCUAGCACAUUUAUUAUAAUUACGCCCGAAAACUGACAUAAUUCAAACCUAGAUGGCGUAGAGUUAAGUUCUGGCAACCCAAGAUGUCCUCCUAAUAACUGUGCCACAUCUGAGGUCAGCGGGCCACAGAUUAAGACUUCUAUCUUAAUAAAUGUUCCCCAAGUCUAUUACAAAGCUGCAGAGAUUUUCAUCAUACACCUUAUUUACAGAUGUAGAAAUCCCAUCUGCCUUACUAUGUGUAGUAGCCACCUCCAUGAACACGGGGGCGUGCAAGAGCUAAACCCAGCCUGACUAUUCCCCCACAAUAUCUUCUCAGGAAUGGCUUGCGUGGCUGAUUCACUUUAUGUGCCUUUCUAUAUUUCACGUUAAAAUGAAGCCAAAGAGUGACCAGUAGUGCUAAAUAUUACAGUCAACCACAAGUACCAGCUUUACCAUCUUCUGCUGCCCAUAGAAGAUGAUUUAGGGUGAUGAUUUUUAAAGAGCGUUUGCUAGCUCAUCGGGUGAUCAGUGGCCCCUUUACACAGGGCAGUUAUCAGGAAUGAGUGUUUCUAGAAAUGCUCCCACCCAAUAAUUGCCCCAAUCGUUGACUUGUAUAAAGUGCUUUUACCCAGCCGAAUGCAUCUUCAUGAAAUUAUUUUUAUAUAACAUGUAGUAAUCUAUCACAUGGGGUCUUUCAGGAACAUCGAAAGUUCUUACACUUCCUAAUUUACUUUGUAUUUCAGUUCCUCGCCAUUCCCAGGUUUUCUGCUUACUGUGAAUUAAAACCCUGUUUACCGUAUAUCCAAAAGCUCAUGCAACUGCGGAGCUUGUAAUAAGAGACAGCUCAGACACAUUGUAAUGAGCUAUACAGGUGACGCAGACAUUGUCAGAAAGUUGCUAAACUUUUCUUUAUGCAAUGACUGAGCUUAAAGGGGGUAUUCUGGUUUCUAAAGGUUAUCCCCUAUCCACAGUAUGGGGAUAACUAACUGAUCAAUGAUGAGACUCCCACCAGAAGAACAGAGGUACCCCCAUUCAUUCUCUAUGGGACUGCCAGAAAUAAGCAAGUGCUGUGCUCAGCUAUUUCAUACAGUCCCAUAGGGUAUGAAUGGAGUGGCAAGGUACAGGCCCCUGUUCUUGAGAUCACUGGGGGUCCUAGUCGUCAGAUCCCCACCAAUUAUUCAUUAUCCUGUCCUAUGGAGUGAAUAGGAGAUAACUUUUAGUAAUUGGAAUACCCCUUUAAAGGCUGGUCCAGAAGGCUGUAUUUUUUAGCCGUGCGCUAUCCGUAUGCUCAAUGAAUUGCACACAGACAGCAUACAGACCAACAGCAAUCAAUAGUGCAAUUCACACCUGGCUUUUUCUGCACAAACCCUUGGGGCAUGGACCACUUUGGUCCGGGCCUCACAAAACAUAGACCUGGAGACCAUUGGAGCCAACUCUCUCCAACAGUUCCUAGGUCCAUGUGCAACGCUGACAUAGGGACCUAACUCGGGGGUGACAUGGACAAAUUUGAAUAAGGCCAUCAGUUUUCCGUCUUAAUUACGUAAAACUGGAAAACCCCAAAAAUAGUUAUGUUAUUGUCAGCAUUAAAGGGGUUUUCCCAUAUAUUUUUCUUGAUGACCUAUCCUCAGGAUAGGUGAUAAAUAUCAGCCGGGUGUCAGACACCAACACAGCCUUUACCUGCUCGCCAUUGCAGUUGUGAGCAGGUGUAAUUAAACCUAAGCUUUCUCAUUCACUUCUAUGGGACGGCUCGUUCCUAUACAAGUGUAUAGAAACGAGCCGUCCUAUUGAAGUGAAUAGGACAUCUUCUUGUAAUUACACCUGCAUGUGAUACAGAGCUCCAAAUCCCAUGCAUAGAUAUAAGAUUUAUACGAUAAAAUUCUGUCAGUUUUUAGAGGUCUCUAGUCUAAUUCUCUCCAGGUCAUUAUCUAUUCAAGGGGGUAAAUGAUGAGUAACAAAUGCCAAACACAGUCAGCAUCAUACAUUUCAGGUAACAGUGAUGUCAUGUCUAUGGCCGCAUUACGCAGAAAUCACUUCCUGGCAAACAAUAUGCCAGUUCCUAGACUGUGAGCAAAUAUCUAACCUCCAGGUAUCUCGUAAUCCACAUCGUACGGAAGAUUUUUAUUUCUCUUUCAUUGUUGUAAAAUUAUCUUACAAUUUUGUUUUUUUUAAAACACUUUAGAGAUGGGUCUCAUCGAAGCACAUGUUUGAUGGUGAAGCCAUAUGUGCAGAUCACUGGUCAUCUGAGAAUAGCUCCCUCUAGAAUGGGUAUGAAUGGAGCCAUGCAGAACUCGCUGUACAUGUUACAUGAUUACACUUUUGGAACUCCUAUGCAACACUGACUUGGUGUAAGAUUUAUAAUAAAGUAUCUAUUUUUAAAGAAAAUCUAGACGUGAAAUAUGAAAAUAUUUGUUGUGGUUUUUUUUUAUCACUCUGGACGAGCACAUUGAUGUUAGUGAAUAAGUGAUCAACGUUGUGAUUUAUAUUUGUUUAAGGGAAUAUUUUAGCAGUUAUGACCAUGCUAAACUGCUGACAGCACUAGGUAGGUGUUUUGGAGAGCAGGACAAACAUACCUUCUAUGAAGCUUUUAUUAUUAGGAGCUGUGUGAAUAUGAACAUUUAUUCUGCCAGAUUCUGCUCCUGAAAGUGACCAAGAAGCGGGGCUUCACUGUGAGAUGCUCUCUGCAUAGCGCUGCUUCACAGCCCUUCCCUUUUGCGAUUGACAGCUGUAGCAUCCAACCAGGAGACCUCUACAGCUGUUACUCAGAGAAGAUGGGAAGGUGAUGUAAAGAAGUCAAUGUAGAGAGCAAUGCACUUCACAGUGAUGCUGUGCCUCCAGGACCCUUGUAGGAGCAGUACCUGUGCAGUGACCAGGUGGAUCACUGCUAAAAGUUAAUUGCGUAAAGAGUUAAAUGUAAUUUAAUGCUGAAAGCACUCUUUAUGCACUAUGUAUUCCAGGCGGUUGUGUUUGGAUGAAAACCAGUUAAUACUGGCAGUCUUAGUUCGGUUGUCCUGGAGAAUGACUGGUCCAGCCUCCUCUGGUUAGUGAGUCUGAGUUGAGCAAGACUGCUGUCAAGUAGGCCCAAAGUGAAGCCUCAUUCAGGUAACUGAACAGCUGCCAGAGAACAACUUAACUGAGAGAAACUUUCCCCUGAGGGAAAGCGAACAGACAUCCACAGAAGGUUUUGAACCAUUAAGGAGUGCACUUAAUACAGGCAGUAAGUAAUGCUCGUUUAUGGCAAAAGACCUUACUGCUGUACAAAGGGUAUAUUACUUCUGCUCCGGCCACAAUUUUGAGAUAAACUGGCCAUCUGCAGAUAGAGCUAAUGAGAGCAAACCUGCAUGUCUGUGGUUAUUUGGGAAGAUUGCAAGGUGUGUUUAGAGUAAGACUCAGGGAGAAAUACUACUACUUACCACUAUAAUUGCUACUGCCUUUACAGCUAUGGGGCAAAGCAAACUCUGUGAAAUACCUGAGAAUUGUGCCUGAUAUAUGCUUGUACUGCAUCACUCAUCAUCCACAAUAAAGACACUGUUCUUUGUUAUCACUAAA